AUGACCGAGCGUGAAAAGUUUGGCAUGAAAGGAUACAUUGCGGAGCAAGACACUGCAACCCCAGCCGGGCGAACGCUGAUGCGAGGAGUUGAUCUAUCAACGCUAGGGAUCAACAUGAAUUCGCAGGAACCAUUACUACCGAUGUACCCCGGACCUUGGGCAGAACCAGGAGCACAGGCACUGAGACCGUUGGAUACGGAAUCCACCAUCCCAGACUGUUACACAGUGAAAAAGAUUGCGCCCUUGUCGAGUCGAAUCAACGGAUUUAUGGAUGAAACCUUGUUCUUCAUAUUCUACACAAUGCCUCGGGACUACACGCAAAUGCUUGUGGCUCAAGAACUGGUGGCCAGAAAAUGGAGGUACCAUAUGCGAGAGAAGCAGUGGCUUACCCGGGAUGACGCAUCGCCAAGUCCGGUGCUUUUGGACGACAAGGUCUCGGAACAAGGCUACUACAUCUGGUGGGACACCAAGGUGUGGAAGAAGGUCCGACGAAUAUACACCCUGAGGUAUGAGGACCUUGAGGAGCAACCCAGCAUGGGUAAUCGAGCGAUUCACCCUGGUGCAAUUGCGGGGGGUGUGGACAGAGGCAUGGGAGUGGGCAACUUCAACGCAGUGCCUAGUCUGGAGCGGAUGGCAGCGACUGGCAGGGGGUUCUAG